AUGGAGAGGCUCGAGUACCUCGAGGGCCCAAUGAGCUCGAGGGGUAGGAGUAGGAGGAGCUCCAACGUCCUGCCCCCGGCACCCAUGGUCGACGAUUCGCCCGAAUCUGAAGAUGAAGAACCAGAUUCGCCGCCUCAAAGGAGUAGUAGGGGCCGGGGCCGGGGCAGGCCCAGGCUCAGAGACAGGGCCUGGGACAGAGACGACGAGAUCAUGCCGAGGGACCGCCUGGUCCUCAGGGACCGCGACCGCGACCCGGUCAGGCACGACGAGAUAUUAAUGCAGACUCCCGAUUCCAGGGCCUCCAGGGCCUCGUCGUCGUCUCACCGUCCCGUCCGCCGCUACCAGUCCGGCUCACGUGCCAGCGACCACACGCCGUCCCAGCCGUCCCAGUCUGUCUCGUCCUCGAGGGCCAGCACCCGCGUGCCCCACCCGCCCAUGUCCUCCAUGACGAGGCCAUCGCCAGCCGACGUGCCCUACCGCCGCCCCUCACAGAGGGACCUUGUGCCGGCGGCAUAUGAUGAGCCCGGGCAACGCCACCGCGGCCACAGGGCCCAUUCUCAUUCCCGUUCCGUCCACGCCGUCCCCUCGGCCCCUGUCCUCCGGAGCAGGGGCUACCCGUCAGGAACAGAGUCCAACGAUGACGAUACCGAGACGACAUACGAUAGUCGCCAUGUCAGAAGGCACCCGAGGGCUGAGACGCCCAGGAGGCGCCUGAGCCUCGACGACAGAAGCCCAACUCGGGCAGAGCCGAGGACGGUUUACCACCGGUCGCGCCCAAGACGGAGGGAUCCCCCCAGGCUGGAUGAUGACUACGAUGAAUUGGAAUCUAGGCACACCCUUCCCAUCGACCACGAACCUCCCCCUGCACCUCCUCCCCCUCGCUCGCAGCCCCGCUCCCGAACCCCGUCUGCCAGGCCGCCUAUCCCAGAACCAGACGUCACGGAAUCCGAGAAUUCGCAAGAAGACGACCGUCUUCGAGAUCGGUUUGAGCGCCGCCCAAAACAUAGGCGUCAGAGGCACGACGAUCCUCCCAAGACGGACCAUCGAAGAAGGCGCAGCGAGAGCCACAUGGACCCUUCGCCAACCCCCAAGCGGCCGUCCCCGAAGCGAUACUACGAGUCCGAGGUCGCCGUCGUAGAAAAGCUCGACCGCCACCAGCAACCAUCUGCGUCAGUGAGGAGGUCGAAUACCGUUAGCGGUUCUCAGGCGGCUGCGUCGCACCAUCACAGUGUAAGCAACACAACGAGGCGCUCGUCAUCGUCAACUUUCCUUGGAAGCUUCUUUGGUUCGUCACUACACUCUCAUCACCAUCAUGCCACAGAUAAACGUGCAAAACUAGUGGAAUGUGUCAUCUGCAUGGACGAUCUCCCUUCCCGCAAGACGGCCAAGCUUAAAUGCGGCCACCGGAUGUGCCAUUCAUGCCUCAAGCGAAGCUUCAAAUUGUCCAUUACAGACCCACAACACAUGCCGCCCAAAUGUUGCACUGCAGCCACCAUCCCAUUGAAACACGUGGAUCGCCUGUUUGACAACGAUUUCAAGAGGACCUGGAACAAGAAGUUUGUCGAGUACUCGACCCGCAACCGCCUCUACUGCCCCAAGAAGGGAUGUGGCGAGUUCAUCCGCCCCGAGGAUAUCCGUCACGGCGAGUAUGGCAGGUGUGACAAGUGUAAGACAAAGGUUUGUGUGCGCUGCAACGGCAAGUGGCAUGGUGGUAGGGACUGCCCCAAGGAUGAGGAAACUUUGAGAUUUAUGGCACAGGCCAAGGACGAGGGAUGGCAACAUUGCUUCAGGUGCAAGGCCAUGGUCGAACUUAAAGAGGGCUGUAAUCACAUGACAUGUCGUUGCGGGGCUGAGUUCUGCAUGAUCUGCGGGGCCAGGUGGAAGACAUGCGACUGCUCCUGGUUCAACUAUGACCCCUCCGAGGACGAUCACCUGGACCACAUGCAGAUACCCUUACCGGUACGAGACCGUUUCGGCGUUCGGCCAGCAGCCGAAAUGCCGCCUUCUCCCACGAGGCAGGCUCGCUCGGGACCUGGCAUGUCGGCAUUUCCAGGACCUCGUCCGCGAUCGCACCAUUUUGAUAACGAAGCAUACGCGAGGCGUCUAGAGCGCUACCAAGAGUCUGAAGGAGGCCCCGAGGAUGACUUCAUCGCUGGCUUCGGGGAUAUCCACGGACUUGGGAACGCGGCUGGCCACCACAUGAAUGACAACUUCCGUCCGCGUCCGCGUCAGCUGGCGGUGCCUGAGCCACCACUGCCACCCCCGCUCCCGCCUAUGGCGCACGAUGCCGCACCAGGUUUUGAUAGGAAUGCGCCCGGUGACUACGUCCUUGACGUCAACCGCGCCCGGGGCGUCCGGGCUGCGUCCCUGGGAAGACUAGCUGAUAGGUUCAAUACGGAUCUUCGCCAGGGCCCCGUACAUCGACCCCCGCCGUUACCGACUGCUGCGACGAUGCCCUUGCCGACCAUGGUCUCGGCCGUGUCCCCUGGACAUGUCAGUAUGCCGACAAGGAGAUACACGGUUGAGACCGGAGAUGCCUACGAUGACGAAAGGUAUCGUCCGAGAUCGGGUGGCACGAGAUCUGCGGAUCGAGUUGCCGUUGGUGGGAGGACGGCCCGGCCGGUGUUCCAUGAGGAACCUGAGGAUAUGCUCCCGCGCGGCGUCCCAGCCGUGAAGCAGCACGUCAGGGAUCCGCCCAAGGCGAGCAAUCUAGCUGGCCUCACCGGCUCUGGUAGAGGGGCGGAUAGAGUGUCCGAAUGGCGCACACACGUCGAGCCGGGCGACUUGGGCCCGGGGCCGGAGCUAAGUGCAUGA